AUUGACAUUGCCGACCGACCAGGGCAACUUAGCGGUUGUUAUUUAAAACCAGCUCUUAGAAGAGAAACUUUUGAAGUAAGCUAAAAGCUUGAGGUGUUCAACUGUAGCUUUCGAGCCCAAUAAAGCUUGAUCAUAAAACUUUAAGUCAACCAUGAGUGGCAGCAGUGGCCGUUUUCGCUGCACUCGUAAGCUAACGUUGGCCAUGGGUGGAGGCAUUAUAAUUUUGGUGAUCGCGCUGACUGUGGGCCUCUGCGUGGGGCUCAGCGGCAGCAAUGACGUCACAGAGGAAACACCCGCAUUCAGCAUUGAUCACACGGCAAACACUUUCCUACUGAAUGGACAGCCAUUUCGCUAUGUCGCCGGCUCAUUUCACUAUUUCCGGGCUCUGCCCGAUGCUUGGCGAAAUCGUCUGCGCACAAUGCGUGCAGCUGGUCUCAAUGCAUUGGAUACCUACGUUGAGUGGUCGCUACAUAAUCCACAUGAUGGCGAAUACAAUUGGGAGGGCAUAGCCGAUGUGGUUAAAUUUCUAGAAAUAGCUCAAGAAGAAAACUUUUAUAUAGUGCUACGUCCCGGUCCAUAUAUCUGUGCUGAGCGCGAUAACGGCGGCCUACCCCACUGGCUAUUCACCAAAUAUCCGAACAUCAAAGUACGCACAAAUGAUCCCAAUUAUUUGGCUGAGGUAAGCAAAUGGUACGCUGAGCUAAUGCCACGCCUAAAGCAUUUGCUAAUUGGCAACGGUGGCAAGAUCAUCAUGGUGCAGGUCGAGAAUGAAUAUGCCGCAUACUAUGCCUGCGAUCAUGAGUAUCUGAAUUGGUUGCGCGACGAGACUGAUAAAUAUGUGGAAAAUAAGGCGUUGUUGUUCACUGUGGAUAUACCAAAUGAACGGAUGCACUGCGGCAAGAUUGAGAAUGUAUUUGCUACCACGGACUUUGGCAUUGAUCGCAUUCAUGAGAUUGACAAAAUCUGGGAAUAUCUGCGCGGCGUACAGCCUACUGGACCACUAGUCAAUUCGGAAUUCUAUCCUGGCUGGCUGACGCAUUGGCAGGAGAUGAAUCAGCGACGCGAUCCGAACGAAGUGGCCAGCGCUUUGAAGACCAUACUCAGCUACAAUGCCAGCGUUAAUCUGUACAUGUUCUUUGGCGGCACGAACUUUGGUUUUACAGCCGGCGCCAAUUACGAUCUGGAUGGUGGCAUUGGGUAUGCGGCGGACAUAACCAGCUAUGACUACGAUGCCGUUAUGGAUGAGGCGGGCGGAGUUACCAAAAAAUAUGAAUUAAUCAAGCAAGUGAUAAGCGAGGUACUUGACCCGCCCAAUAUUACACUAAAUCCCGCCAAGCGUUUAGCAUAUGGCAAAGUGGAGCUGACGCCUUCAAUGGAGCUACUCUCGACGGAGGGACGCGCUGCCCUGUCCAAGGGCACGCCCGUCAAGUCCGAUAUGCCCAAAUCGUUUGAGGAAAUGGAUCAGUAUUCCGGCCUGUUGCUAUAUGAGACACCGCUUCCUAGCUUGGAUCUGGAUCCGACGCUGCUACAGGUGGAAGAUCUGCGCGAUCGAGCUCACGUCUUCGUCGACCAGCAGCUGGUGGGCACAUUGUCCCGGGAGGCACGCAUCUAUGCGCUGCCAUUGAGCAAGGGCUGGGGCAGCACACUGCAGCUGCUCGUAGAGAAUCAGGGACGGAUUAACUAUGAUCGCGCCAAUGACACCAAGGGUAUCUUUGGCAAGGUGACCCUUCAACUACAUAACGGCGGCGCUUUGCCACUGGACAAUUGGACAACCACAGGCUAUCCACUGGAGGCGAUCGCUAUUGAGAGCUGGCAUCAGAAGUUGGCAGAAAAUGCAGCGCUCGAGGCAUCGAUAGCUAAGCAGCGGCUGCUACGCACCGGACCCAUACUCUAUACGGGCAGCUUUCAGGUACCUGAAGUGGGCGACACCUAUCUGAACAUGGCUGGCUGGGGCAAAGGCGUGGCCUACGUGAAUGGCUUCAAUUUGGGCCGCUACUGGCCGCUAGCUGGACCACAGAUAACGCUCUAUGUGCCCAAUGAGCUGCUCAAAGUGGGCUCUAAUUCCUUGGUGCUGAUCGAGUAUCAACGCUGCAAUAAGACCACAAACGGCGCUGAGCUGCCGGCUGUGCAAUUCGAUGCAGUUGCUCAGCUGGAUGGAGAGUCCAGCGAGGCACAAAAGUAGACGUCAAACAGUUUUUUGUUAAUUUUUAUUAUUACCAUUUACAAGCGUUUUCUUUUUUUUGUUGUUUAGAAGCAGUUAUUGAUUUUGCUGUCGCAACAACAACCUUGACAAGCGUUUUUAUAUAAUAUUUG